CCAUGAUUUUUUCUACAGUAGAAAGAACCCUAGCUUUACCUUCACAGAAAACCGUCCAAAGAUUUUAGUUUGUAUCUUUGCGAAAUCUUCUGCAAUCGUGAAUCACCAGUCGUGGCUUCGAAUAUCAAGAUUACGUCUCUUAAUUGUUUGCGCUGGCUACUGUAUCUGCCGUUUUUUCAAAACCCUGAAUUGUGGGGGUCGCAGGCCUCAGGACCGUUAGAUUGUAGAAUCUUCGUGAGUACAUUUCGCAUCGAUGGUCCUACCGGCAUGCGAAAAUUCCUUUAAGAAAGAAUAUUCUCUGCCCAAUACGUCAGCGGGAAAAAUUGCUAAACAUAACAAUACCGAACGUUUCUGACCGAAUUCUGAUAUCUGAACGAAGUAAAGGGAGGAUCUACUGUCCUGAAUAAAGCUCAAUGAUCAGUCCAAAUAUGCCAGCAGCUACAGUUGUGUCUGGUCAGCCUCUUGCUCCGCAGGCUCACUUGGGAGACAACUCUUCUGCUUCAGGGCCACUGCUACCUCGUCCUCCUGGCUUGGCUUCUUCUGAUCAAGCUCAAAGUUUUGGGGCUCAACAAAGUCUACAGUUUCAACCUGCCGUUCCACCACAACCAGGACAGAAAUUUAUCUCUUCAACAAGCAUGCAGUUUCGCCCACCAAUAUUUUCCAUGGGACAAGGCAUGCCACAGACAAGCAUGGGGGCUCCUUCACAAGUUCAUCAACAGCCUGUGCAGUACUCUCCACAAAUUCAGCAAUUUCCUCUUCGUCCAGGGCAGCUGCCACAACCUCCGCCUUCUUCACAUGUGGGAUCUGCACAGUUUCCACAGCAGCCUACACUCACACCUUUCUCACAGGCAUCUACUGCAUCCUAUCUUCAGCAGACUCCACCAACAUCUUCAUCACAGGUGCUUUCUGUAUCAUAUUCCCAACAGCCCCAACCAACACAACCGUCACAAGUGGUUUCUGCAUCUCAUAUUCAGCAACCAAGGCCCAUGAUUAAUGGGAACGUCCCUCCUCCCCAACCUCUCAACAUGCCUGCUCCGCCGGGUUUAUGGGGUUUGAGAAUGCCACCCUCUUCAUCCUUUACGUUCACAACCUCUUUACCUCGUACCCAGUCACAGAACAUGCCUAGUAUAACUCCAGCUUCAAAUCAAGCUUCUACUGAAUCUCAACAGGUGCCGGCACUAUCUGUGUCUCAACCUUCUUCACAUGCGAGUCAAAAUAAUGCUUCUGCUCUAACUAAGGGAGUUGAUAAGGACGAACAAGCUGAGGUUGGUGCUGUUGUUACUGCUCUGGUUGGUGCAUCUGUGCGAGCUCAAUUGUCCAACUUACAAGUUCCCAGUGAUUGGCAAGAACAUACAACCUCUGAGGGUAAAAGAUAUUACUAUAACAAAAGGACAAGACAAUCAAGCUGGGAGAAGCCAUAUGAAUUGUUAACUCCAACUGAGAGGGCAGAUGCAUCUACAGAUUGGAAAGAAUUUUCAACUCCAGAUGGACGAAAGUAUUAUUACAACAAGGUUACGAAACAGUCGAAGUGGACGAUGCCAGAGGAAAUGGAGGCAGCUCGUAGGCAGGCGGUACAAGCAACAAUAUCUGUCUGUGGAACGACUUCUCCAAUAUCUGUAGAUGUUACAGGUUCCUCUUUGAUAAAAUGUUCAAAUAUAUCUAAUGGGAACUCCAAUUCUACCAAUGCAAUCUCAGGGUCUGCAGUGGUGGCAGCUAUACCACAGACAUGCUCAAGUUUACCUUCUCCUGUUGGAGUUGUGUCAGCAGGAAUGCUUGCUUCAGUUGCCACUUCUUACACAGCUGGUCAACCAGUAGCUGUAAUUGCUAAUUUACCCAGUCUUGUGUCUGCCCCUCCGUUGGUUGCAUCAACAUCUGCAGAAACUACAUCUGCAGGAACCACAUCUGCUGUGACAUCAACUACUAUUUCAGCAUCUAUAUCUACUGGCACAUUUACAACUGAAAUAGCACCUAAAACAGAUGUGGAAGCUGUCGCUACUAAUGAACCCUCCAAUUCCAUAGCAGAAUCACCUGCAGCAGUGACGCUAGACAAAGCUGAUUUGGGUGAUACAAAGGGAGGAGGAAUAGAUGAUGCUUCUGCACAAGAUCUUGAGGAAGCCAAAAAAGCAAUGCCUGUAACUGGAAAGAUUAAUGUCACUCCUUUACUUGAUAACAAGCCUUUGCCUGUGGUGGAGGAGCCAGUGACAUAUGCUAACAAGACGGAGGCAAAACUUGCUUUCAGACAAUUGUUAGAAUCAGCACAUGUAGAAUCUGAUUGGACAUGGGAACAAGCAAUGCGAGUAAUCAUCAAUGAUAAGCGAUAUGGAGCCCUUAAAAGCCUUGCAGAGAGAAGGCAGACAUUUUUUGAAUAUACAGUGCAGCGAAAGAAACAAGAGGCUGAAGAGAAGCGUCUUAAUCUAAAGAGGGCACGUGCAGAGUUUAAUAAGAUGUUGGAGGAGUGUAAGGAGCUUACAUCAACAACACGUUGGAGCAAAGUUAUUUCUCUAUUCGAGAAUGAUCCAAGAUUUCAUGCCAUUGAGCGUGGAAGAGAGAGAGAAGAACUCUUUGAGAAUUAUUUGCUUGACUUACAGCGCAAGGAAAAGGACAAAGCACGUGAGCAACGGAAGAGAAAUCUCAGUGAAUAUAGAGAAUUUUUGGCAUCUUGUGAUUUUAUCAAGGGCAAUACACAAUGGAGGAAAGUGCAUGACAGGCUUGAAAAGGAUCAGAGGUGCUAUCAGAUAGAUCCAAUAGAUCGACUAGAAGUUUUCCAGGAAUAUGUACAUGAGCUAGAAAAUAAAGAGGAAGAAGAGAGAAGGGUUAAGAAGGAGCAAUUGCGCCGUAAGGAACAUAAGAACCGUGAUGAGUUCAGAAAGCUGAUAGAAGAGCAUAAAUCUUCUGGUUUGCUAACUGCCAAAACAAUUUGGUCUAACUAUUUUUCAAAGGUUAAAGAUUAUUCUGCAUAUCAGGAUGUGGCAUCAAAUACAUCUGGGUUGACUCCAAAAGAGUUGUUUGAAGAUGUUGUUGAAGAACUGGAGAAGCAGUAUGAAGCUGAUAGGACAAGGAUAAAGGACACUUUGAAGAUGAUGAAGAUUGCAAUAACAUCAGGUUCAACAUUUGACCAAUUUAAGGCUGACAUGGCUGAAACAGGUGACUUGGCAAUGAUAUCUGAACCAAACCUUAAGCUUGUCUUUGAAGAGCUGAUUGAAAAGGCAAGGGAGAAAGAAGAGAAAGAAGCGAGAAAGAGACAAAGGCUUGCAGAUGAUUUCAAAAAUUUGCUGCUUAGUACAAAGGCAAUAUCUGCUUCCUCAAGAUGGGAGGACUGCAAACUCUUGCUAGAAGAUACUCAAGAGUACAGGGCCAUUAAAGAGAGCACCUUUCGUAGGAGUCUUUUUGAUGAGUACAUUGCUAGUCUUCGACAUAAAGAAAUGGAAAGGGAAAGGGAAAAGGAACUUGAAGAAGAAAAGAGAAAAAAGGAGAAAGAAAGAAAGAAAAGGAAGGACAAAAAGGACAGAGAUAAAGAACAUGAUCGAGAGAAGAAAGAACGGUCCAGAAGAGGUCAAGAUUCUCUUUAUCAUAAUGCUGCUGACAGGGACAGUAUUGAACAAAAUGGUGAUCAAUUGAAGGCCCAGGAAAAUGAAAAAGACAAAAAACAUAAAAGGCAUCACCAUAGGAGCACUGAUGAUCUAAGCUCUGAUAAAGAUGACAGGGAAAAUUCGAAAAAAUCACACAAGCGUCGGAAAAAAUUAUCUCGGAAGCAUGGAUAUGAAUCUGGAUCUCAUGGUGAGCACAAGCAUAAACGACACAGGCAUUAUCGAGAUGAAUCACGAGGAAAUGGAACAAUGGAGCAGGAGGAUGGAGAAGUCAAAGAUGACGGUGAAUUUCAUUAGGCCUCUAUCUUCAACUCAUUAUUUGUCAUUUAAUCAUCCCUGGUUAUGAAUUCUGCAUCAUCUUUGUUGUGUUCAUUAAUGAUAAUAGAAGUGUUAUUUUACACUUCAGUAGAUCAAAUUCAAAUAUCGAGGAUCAAUUUUUUAAUGUGUACAUUUUAGUGGAUGUGCAUAUUCAUGCACGCUUUGUAUCUUGAGUAUCAAAUUUUCUGUCAAAUCAUGAGAAAUUGGCAUUCUUAUAGGCUUUGUCUUUUGUGUAGACAGAAUUCUACAGUCACAAAGGCUCAUUUCAUUGGUCUUUUUUCACCUGAUGAAAUUUUCAGAAACAUUAAUCUUCUUAACCUCAAAGAAUCUUCUUUACCACAUUUGCUAUUUUUGAAAUAAAUAUCAGAGGGGAGAGCUUCAUUCUUGCA